AUGGACAUGGGAGGACAUUCUGGAUGGCAAGGGAUCCUGCACAUGGGAGGAGAUCCUGGCUGGAAGGAGAGCGGAGGCAGCAGGAGAGAUGAACCAGCGGUACGAGGGAACACGGCUGGCAAGGAAGCCCUAAAAAGUUCUUGGAGGGGGCACACGGGGAGUGUGGCUAAGGCAGCCCUACGCACUGCGUCUCCCGUGGGUCUGCACAGCCCAGUGCGUCAUGUGCCUGCACCCUGCAAGUGCCGGGCAAAAAUCAACAUCCAGCCAGGAUGGGUUGUUCAGUCCCUUAGUUCGAGACCUCCAGUGCGCCUCUACGGACCGGUCUAUCCUGUGCCUCCUCCAAGGACCAGCCCUCCAGUAGAUCUCUCCAGCCUGGUGAGUACUGUGUCUGUUCUAAGAAACAAGUCUCCUGUGUGUCCCUCCAGUUCGGAUCUGCCAGAGCCUCCCUCAAGUCCGGACACUCCAGAGCCGCCCUCCAAUCCAGACGCUCCAGAGCCGCCCUCCAGUCCGGACGCUCCAGAUCCUCCCUCCAGUCCGGACCCUCCAGAACCGCCCGUCAGUCCGGUGCUGCCAGAGCAGCCUGUCAGUCAGGGGCUGCCAGAGACGCCCGUCAGUCAGGAGCUGCCAGAGACGCCCGUCAGUCUGGAGCUGCCAGAGCCGCCCGUCAGUCAGGAGCUGCCAGAGCCGCCCAGUCGCCAGUCACUGUCGGCGCUGCCAGAGUCGCCCGUCACUCCGGCGCUGCCAGAGUCGCCCGUCACUCCGGCGCUGCCAGAGUUGCCCUUCACUUUGGCGCUGCCAGAGUCUCCAGUCUAUUUGGGGCCCUGCUGA